AUGCUUGCUAAACGAGGUGGUGGGCUGUUAAGGUUACUACUUGCGGUAACCUUGAUUGGAGGGGUACAAAUAGUAGCUGCUACUUCCGCUUCGUCAAGUGCGACCUCGGCAACUCAGGCAAGCACAGAUGACACCACAACUGUUGCAACGACAACUGCAGUAGCGACAUCAACGGAGCCUUCUACAGAAGUGACUACGGAAGUAACAACAACUGAGGAAGUAACAACGACUGAAGCAGGAACGACUGAAGCAGGAACAACUGAAGCAGGAACAACCGAGGCAGGAACAACUGAAGCAGGAACAACUGAAGCAGGAACAACUGAAGCAGGAACAACUGAAGCAGGAACAACUGAAGCAGGAACAACUGAAGCAGGAACAACUGAAGCAGGAACAACUGAGGCAGGAACAACCGAGGCAGGAACAACCGAGGCAGGAACAACCGAGGCAGCAACCACUUCAGAAGAAUCAACAACGGAUAAAUCCACGACAGAGGGCACUACAACAGAAGCGGUUACUUCAAGUGAAGUUACAUCGACAGAAGCGGCUACUUCAAGUGAAGUUACUUCAACAGAAGCGGCUACUUCAAGUGAAGUUACAUCAACGGAAGCGGCUACUUCAAGUGAAGUUACUUCAACAGAAGCGGCUACUACAACCGAAGCAGUAAGCACCACUGGUUCUACCACUAUAACCUCAUCAUCCUCUUUCACGACCAGCACAGAAUCCUGGUAUGAAGAACUAUGGGAAGAAAUAGAGGAGUUCUUCGAGGAUCUAUUUGAUAGUGAUUCGAGCAGUAGUUCUUCUCCUAGCAUGGCAACCUCAGCUACAAGUUAUACAACCUUCACAUCUGGAAGUACUGAAAGUACUACCGCAGCAAGCUCUGCCUCUGAUAAAGAGAGCACAGCGGGCACCAGUGACAGCACUGCUGGAUCAAGUGAAACGGGAACUGAUGAAACCAGCACAGCCGAUGCAGCAUCUUUAGGUGGAUCCUCAGACACCUCAUCAACUGAGAGUGAGAGUGAGAACGAGUCGAAAGUAGCUUCUACCGAAGAAUCAACACUUACGGAGAGUGAAGUGGUAACUACGACGGAGAUGCCCGAGAAACACCUGACCCAACCACAUUUGCCAUUAUUCGAAAAAAGAGUGGAGUUAAAUGCUGAGGCAGAGGCUGGUACUGACCCUCAGUAUCGUUAUGUGAUUAGGUCGGAUCGUCAGAUAGAUGAUGACAACGCCAACGCAGCAAAAGUUCUAGCCUCAACCCAAUCUUCUAAUCACACGUAA